CUUGAGUCGAACUAAACUUGUAAUUUCUCUUUUCUUGCAGGACAAGUGUUGAGAAGGAUGGCAUCACUCAAGGCUGAGAAACCUGCUGGUGCUGAUUUGUCAGGGCAGGCCAAGAAAGAACCCACCAAACCCAGCUCCACGGCUCCCAAAGCUCCGGCCUCCAAGCCCGCCCCUAAGAAGGCUGAGCAGAAGUCUGCAGGGGGCUCUAAAAAGAAGGCAGCAGGAGGGAAAGCUAAGAACUAAUUAGUAGAAUGAAGAAGUGGGGGCUCUCGUAGGAGAAAGCACUAUUUAUAUUUGAUCAUAAAUGUUAGGAUUAAUUAAAGCUCGCCCUUGCUUCUAAGUUAUAUAUCAGUGCAUGUCUCUGUUUUUAGGCUUGGACCUAAUGAAUAAAUGACACUUACUGUGUUUUAAUAAAUGAGUUUCUUCACA